CUCAGUUGUCAAAAUUGGGAAAGUUUUCUAACAUCGUAUCAGUUUUUUUGCUAGUUCUUGAAUUCCUUCGUCUGAACGAUAUAAUAUUUGAGAUUACUAAUUGUGGCCACUUUCAAGCGAAACGUCCCGAAUCGAAGUAGAAGAUGGUCCGAUGGCUGGCAGAUGAUAAAUUGUGAUGGAUCGGACGAAAAAGCUAAUUCCUUUCCACAGCAUUCUGAUUUGGUGUGCCUUGACAUCUAUGGCUAGUGGAAGGUUUUGUCAACAUGACUCUUGCCUGAAUGGUGGCACAUGUAGUGAGGGAUCAAAUUCCCUCCUGUGUUCCUGUCUGCCUGGAUUUACUGGUCAGUCAUGUGAGACCGAUGUAGAUGAAUGUAAACUUGUGCAGUGCCAUAAUGGAGCCACCUGUAUUGACCAGGUAAACUCCUUCAAGUGCAUUUGCCCGGUAGGCUUUCAUGGGAUCCUUUGUGAAACAAACUACAAUGAUUGCCAUAGCAACCCAUGUCAAAACAAUGCAACCUGUCAAGACCUUAUUAAUGACUUCAGUUGCCAAUGCCCGCAAGGCAUUACUGGGCAAACAUGUAAUACUGACAUUGAUGAAUGUCAAUCAUCCCCCUGCAAGCAUCAAGGCACUUGUCAAAACUAUUUGGGUGGGUUCAACUGUCUGUGUCGCCAUGGUUACUCGGGGAUUACAUGUGAGGUUGAUGUCAAUGAGUGCAGCAGCAGCCCGUGUGUUAAUGGCGGAGUGUGUGCUGAUGGCCUGGGAGAAUACAAAUGUAUCUGCCCAUCUGGGUUCUCUGGAGAGAAUUGCCAAGUCAACAUUGAUGAAUGUGCGUCCAGCCCUUGCAAAAAUGGAGCAACCUGUGAAGACUUGGUGGACGAAUUCCGUUGUCAGUGCCAACCUGGUUUUAAAGGCCAAAACUGUGAAACAAAUAUAAAUGAGUGCAUUGGUGCAGCUUGUGCAAACGGCAGCACUUGCAUUGAUCUGGUCAAUGCAUACCAAUGCACAUGCCUGCCAGGGUUUACUGGGAGGCACUGCGAUGUUGACAUUGACGAGUGCCAAUCAAACCCAUGCCAGCAUGGUUCAGCAUGCAUGGACGGUGUUAGUUCAUACCAGUGCAUCUGUCAACCCGGGUAUACCGGUCAAUAUUGUCAUAUUGAUAUUGAUGAGUGUCUUUCAAGGCCAUGCUUGAAUAAUGGAAUGUGUCUUGAUCUGGUGAGUGAUUUUCACUGCACUUGCCCUACAGGAUUUUCUGGCAAAGACUGUAGCGUAAAUAUUGAUGACUGUGCUGAUGCUCCGUGCCAGCAUGGGUCAACGUGUAUAGACUUGGUUAAUGACUACAAGUGCUCCUGUCUCCAGGGGUACACGGGAAAAGAUUGUCAUAUUGAUAUUAAUGAAUGUUCCAGCAACCCAUGUCAGUACGGUGGAACUUGUCUUAACCUUUUAAAUGGGUAUGCAUGUCUAUGCAUAGAUGGAUACACCGGCCUAAACUGUGAGAAAGACAUUGACGAUUGUCUUUUUAACCCAUGCCACAAUGGUACGUGUGAGGACUUAGUAAAUAACUAUAAAUGUGUUUGUCCAGAUAAUCGCCAAGAAAGAACUUGUGCAGGUAAUAGUUCCGUGUGCGACACAUAUUUGUGUCGAAAUGGCGGGUCAUGUUUCUCUAACAAUAGUACAUAUUACACGUGCGAAUGCCCUAAGGGCUACACAGGACACGACUGCGAGAGCAAAAUUAACUACUGUAAAUCAAGCAGUUGCUAUGGCAAUGCAACCUGCCUGGAUGGUGCCAAUAACUACACAUGUAUUUGCCCUAGAGGGUUUACGGGUACCCUGUGUGAUGUAAACGUGGACGAAUGUGAGGAUUCACCUUGUGCGAAUGGUGCUUCUUGUGAGGACCUUAUCAACGAUUUCCGCUGCCACUGCCCAGCGGGCUUCCAAGGCCGCACAUGCGCCGUAGACAUAAACGAGUGUGCUACGUCGCCUUGUCUAAACGAAGCCAAGUGCACGGACGUUGUCAGUGGUUACCGAUGCACUUGCCGUUCGGGCUACACAGGCACGAGAUGUGAACGCGACAUUGAUGAGUGCAGUUCUUCACCGUGUGUGAACGGAGGAUUGUGCGUGGAUUACACAAAUUACUUUGAGUGCCUUUGCCACCCUGGAUAUGGCGGUGAUCGCUGCGAGAUUAAUAUCGAUGACUGCGCCAACAAGCCGUGUCUACACAAUGGAAACUGCACUGAUUAUGUGAAUUACUUCACGUGUGCUUGCGCUGUAGGGUAUACUGGACGCACUUGCGAAGUAAACAUUGAUGAUUGCUCCCCGUCCCCCUGUAGACACGGGGGAAGUUGCCAAGAUCUAGUUAAUGGCUACCUGUGUCACUGCCCUGCAGGAUUCAAAGGAAGUAAAUGUGAAACAGAUAUUGAUGAGUGUGCAACUAACCCAUGUGAUAACAACGGGACGUGUGUGGACCGUGUGGCGAGUUACGAUUGCGUCUGUAAACCAGGUUUUACUGGAACAAGAUGCGAAGCCAACAUUGACGACUGCGCAACAUCGCCCUGUCUCAACAACGCUAUCUGUACUGACCUUAUAAAUGACUUCCACUGUGCAUGUCCAGCGGGCUAUCAGGGACAGACAUGCGCAAUAAACGUCGACGAUUGCACCCCGCAGCCUUGUAAGCAGGGUGGUACGUGUGUUGAUGCUGUCAGCGGUUAUACCUGUCUGUGCAUGCCUGGCUUUACGGGAAUAAACUGCUCCAUUGAAAUGGAUGAGUGUGGUAGUUACCCGUGCUUGAAUAAUGGCACAUGCGUGGAUGGGCGCAACCGUGUCACGUGCACAUGCGCAGUUGGAUUCACAGGUCAGUUUUGCGAGGUGAAUAUUGACGACUGUGACCCCGCCCCCUGUCAAAACUACGGCACGUGUCAAGACCUUGUUGCAGAUUUCACAUGUCACUGCUACCCCGGCUUCACAGGCGAGACAUGUGCCACGCCCAUCGACCUAUGCGAGGCACAUCCCUGCCAAAACAACGCCACGUGUCGCAUGGACCCCUUGAAAGGCUACAGCUGUUCCUGCCCGACAGGAGUCACUGGAAGGCAUUGUGACGUCAGUAUUUGUGAUUCCAAGCCCUGUAGAAACAACGGAUCGUGUGUUUUGACUCAAUCAGGCUACCAGUGUUUAUGCGCUAGCAGUUUUACAAGCCCUCAGUGUCAGCGGAGUAUCGACGACUGUGAGCAUGCGCAUUGUCUCAACGGCGCAACAUGUGUAGACUCGGACAACGCCUACAAGUGUAGCUGCCUUGAGGGAUACUAUGGAAAGCACUGUGAAUUGAUUGACAGAUGUCACUCACAGCCGUGUCAGAAUGGCGCCACGUGCGUGGAUGAUGAUGGCGUCGUGUUCUGUAAAUGCGCAAUGGGCUUUACUGGAACCCAUUGUGAAAAAGAGUUCAACCACUGCAUAGUGCGGGUCGCAGACACAAACCUUACCUUCCCAUCACGCAUCUGUGGCGACCAUGGCACAUGCGUCAGCAAGCCCACGGGCUUCCUGUGUGUUUGUCAGCCGGGAUUUACUGGUUUGCUGUGUCAAACAGACAUUGACGAUUGUAGCUCUGAUCCAUGUGUUGGGAUAAACGUCACGUGCGUCGACGGCAUUGACACUUUUACAUGCCAAUCAUCUAAAUCCACCACCUCAGCCAAACGCCAAAGAGAUGCGGACUCUAAAAGCUACUGGAUCCCUGUUUCCAUUACUCUGAGCUGUCUUGUGGUUCUGGGUCUAGUUAUCAUCUUGGCUCUCAAAUGCGACCUCUUCCAUCUGACCAACAACCGCAUGAAGUUGACAGAGAACCACGAGGAUAUGGUCCCUGAACCUUAUCCGGACGAACGGACCUUUGAGAACCCAAUCUACCAGCCCUGUGAGGAAGUGAUUACUCCAGUCAGCCCGGACUGUUUGAAGGAGCUCGAUGCACUCGAAGCCCUUGGACUCCAUAUCGAACGCGAACUUGCUGCGAUACAACACAAGAGAAACCGCACAUUCUCAGCACCAGACCCCCGCGAUCUGGCUGCAAUCGAGGCUAGUAGUCUUUGCACCGUAGACGACCUAUCCCGAGAUACACCGCGAACGUGGCGUAAGCUCGAACAGAUAUCCCAAGAUUCGCCGGGAUCCUUAGAUAAUGUCGCGCUAUCCCAUGAUGCUCCUGACACCGCGCGGUCAUGUGACUCUAAGGAAUUUUUGGAUACUUAUUUGUAGACGGUAUCUAUUUGUGUAGAGCGAAUAAUGGAAUGCACACCCAUGGAAGUGUUCCAUUUAAUGCGGUGUUCCCUGAUGACAAGUUAGCAUUGAUCUGUCACUUAUUUCUAUUUCGCAAAGGAAAUUAUUGAAGCUUUCAUUACACGGGUUAUACGUAUACGCCUGCUUGUAUCUCUGGUAGAGUGUUUCUCUUCCUCUAUCACAGGAUGCCCAAAGCAGCCAACCCAUCUUAACACAGGGUACCCAAAGUGUGUCCAACUCCACAACACCACUGGUACAAGUGGUGAGCCAUUGUUCCACCACUUGUACCACUGGAGAAUUCUUCAAAAUCACUGGUUUUGUUGGUGUAUUGGACAUAUGUAUGUGCUAUUAUCAUCGUGGGUGAACUAACAUGAGGAUGGGGGUAGUAAGCAUAUAGCAAGGUCGCAUAAUAAAUUGAAUUAGGGUAUCACGCUACUAAAUUUAAUUUGAUAGAGUGGUUUUCAUAAACCCAUCAAACAGACUUUAGUAUAAUACACUUUAUUACACCUUAGAUUUAAACUUAAACGUUUCUUUUAAAGCUCUUCUUUCAAGUAAUAUCAAUAGCAAUAUCAUAAAAAAAACAUUUAUUUAUCAAAUAAAACAUCUAUGUUAGUAGAAUCACUUUUGCUAGAAAACAAUCUUUUAUAUUUUACACAUCAUUUAAGAUGCCAUAAAAUGCCAGUGCGUAGAAACCUUCGUCUUUGUACAUCAAAACGUACCAUAGGCACAUGGCGCGAAAGUUGUUUUAUUAUGUAUUCCCACUCGGGAAUUAUGAUUGGUGCCCUAUCAUGCCAAUUGAAAUCUAGUAUUUAUUUGGUAUUUGGUAGUUUAUGGUAGUUUUAUAUUUGUAAUAACAUGGAGAUGAUCUAACUAAGUUUGAUGUAUCAAUGUUAUAUAUUGUGUAAAUAUAUUUAUAGACCAGAGAAUCAGCAAGUUAUGGAAUAAAUGCAUGCUACACAAA